AUGGUGAAAACUGAGGAGCUGCUCACAAAAAAGGUCUAUACAUGUCUAUACACACCAAUGAGCCAAAACAUCAGGACGACCCACCCAAUGUGCUGUCAAAACAGCUAUGACUCGCCAAGAUAUGGGCUCUACAAGACAUCUGAAGGAGUCCAGUGGUAUCAGGACGUGAAGAUGGAGACCUGUACCACUUCAGAUGGAGAGACAAAAAUCGUCCCUACGGACCAACGUGUGGAUGAUUUUCUGAUGAAGCCUGUAAAAAAGGAAGAGCUUGAAGAUUAUAUCUGUGAAGAAACAUCAACUUCUGUGAAACACUUGACAGCCUUGGACCAGCAGAACAAAAACCUCUCGAGAAAACCUGUAAAAGUGGAAGAACCUGAAGAUGAAGAUUACUUCUACUGUGGGGCUUGCAAAUCUUUUUUCAUUAGUGAGUGUGAGGUUCAUGGUCCAGCAUUCUUCGUUCCUGAUACUUCCAUUCCUAAGAGGGUUAUGGACCGAGCCAGACAAACUCUUCCACCUGGUCUUGAGAUUCGGGAGUCUGAUAUUCCUAACGCAGGUCUGGGAGUGUUCAAUAAGGGGGAGACUGUUCCUGUUGGUGCACAUUUCGGACCGUACGAGGGAGAACUGGUAGACGGAGAGGAAGCCGUGAACAGUGAAUAUUCUUGGCCGCUAAACAAGAGUGGUCAGCGUGAGGAAUACAUUGAUGCCAAGAGAGAGACUCAUGCUAACUGGAUGAGGUACGUAAACUGUGCCCGUACUGAUGAGGAGUGUAAUCUAGUGGUGUAUCAGUAUCAGGGAGGAAUUCUCUACAGCUGCUGUCGACAGAUAAAACCCGGACAGGAGCUCUUGGUGUGGUACGAGGAGUCGUAUGCCAAGAAUUUUGGCGACACAUUCGAGUCACUUUGGAAGAAAAAGUCCUCAGCAGAAGAAAUGAAAAGCUUCUCCUGCUCCAUGUGUGUCUUCUCUUACACAUCUCAAGUUUACCUCCACAAGCACAUCAAGACCUCCCACCGCCAGGAAUAUUUACGAAUGCUGAAAUCAGGAGAGAUUAAAUAUGAGGAUGUGAUGCCCAACAGUAGCUUCCGUUAUCCUCGAGUAUCUCCUGGUUCUCUCAGCGGCUACUUCUGCUCCGAGUGCGGAGAGAGUUUCCCUGACGCGAAUCGUCUCAAAUCGCAUCGGCGCGUUCAUUUAGGAGAGAAACCGUUUCAGUGCUCGCUGUGUGGAAAGAGAUUCACUGAGAAGGGUUGUCUCAAACAGCACCAAGUGACCCACUUGGAAGAAAAGCCGUAUUAUUGCUCUCAGUGUGGGAAACGUUUCAAUUAUAAAGGAGACCUUGUAACGCACCAGCUCAUUCACACUGGAGAGAAGCCGUAUCGGUGCUCGGAGUGCGGGAAGAGUUUUUUGCGAAAGAUUUAUCUGGAAUUGCACCAGCGCACUCACACAAGAACGAAACCUUACCGCUGUGCGCAGUGCGAGAAAAGUUUUACCUUCCAGAGUGCUUUACAGCGACACCAGCUUGUUCACCUCAGGAAGAAGCCGUACUCCUGCUCGGAGUGUGGAAAGACGUUCUUAUACCCUAAUCAUCUGAAACAACACCAGCGCAAUCACACAGGCGAAAGGCCCUAUCGCUGCCCGCAGUGUGGGAAGGAUUUCGCUUUACAGUGUAAUCUCAAACAACACCUGCGCAUUCACACAGGAGAGAAACCGUACCGCUGCGCACAGUGCGGGAGGAGCUUCACCCAGAGAGCUACUCUCCGGAGCCACCUGCGCACUCACACAGGAGAGAAACCCCAUCAGUGCUCACAGUGCGGGAGAAGUUUUGCUUUGAAGGGGACUCUCAAAGAACACCAGCGCGUUCAUGUUAGAAUGGAAUCAGCAGGGAGCAGAAAACCUGAUGUACAGAAUCCUGAUGCUGAUCGCUCACAGCUUUGUGAACAACAUGUAAAAACAGAGAUGUUUACAGACUCGGGUGGACAAACAUUAAACCCUGUGGAGCACAUCAACCCUGUGGAUCAACAGAAUGGAGCAGAAUUCCUAAAGAAGCGUCCAAAAGAAGAAGAUGCAGAGACCCUCAUUUCCGUCUCUUCCGCUCCAGACACGAAAAGCUUCUCCUGCUCCAUGUGUGUGUUCUCCUACACAUCUCAAAUGUACCUCCACAGUCACAUCAGGAGUCAGCACCACAGGGAAUAUUUAAGACUGCUGAAAUCAGGAGAGAUUAAAUAUGAGAAUCUGAUGCCCACCAGUAGCUCCUGUGGUCAGCAAACAUCUUCUGUACCUCUGUGUCGUGACCCGUCUCCCGGACCCCUGCAGAACAAGUACUACAGCUGCUCAGAGUGUGGGAAGAAUUUUACUGCAUCGAGUAUACUCGAAGCACACCAGCGUAUUCACACUGAAGUUAAGCCACAUCACUGCCUACAGUGUGGAAAGAGUUUUGCCCAACUGGGAAGUCUAAAACAGCACCAGCGCAUUCACACCAAAGACAAGUCGUAUCAGUGCGCACAGUGCGGAAGAGGUUUUACCCAGGAGAGCUCUCUCCUAAGUCACCGGCGCAUUCACACCCGAGACAGACCGUAUCACUGCUCACAGUGUGGGAAGAGUUUUACACAACAGGGUAAUUUUCUACGACACCAGCGCAUUCACACCGAAGACAAGCCGUUUCCCUGCACUGUGUGCGGGAAGGGUUUCGCCCAAGAGAGUUCUCUUUUGAGUCACCGGCGCGUUCAUACCCGAGAGAAGUCGCAUCAGUGCCCGCAGUGUGGACGGGGUUUUACGCAAAAGUGCAAUCUACGGCGGCACCGUCGCAUUCACACCGGAGAGAAACCGUUUCGCUGCUCGCGGUGCGGAAAGAGUUUCGCUCAAGAAAGUACAUUCCGGAAUCACCAGCGCAUUCACACGGGAGAAAAGCCUUAUCACUGUGCACAGUGUGGGAAGAGUUUUAGUCUGAGGGGUAAUCUCAGACAACACCAGCGCAUUCACACUGGAGAGAAACCGUAUCACUGCGUUCAGUGUGGGACGAGUUUUACUUACCAUUAUAGGCUCAAAAUACACCAGUGCAUUAGGACAGGAGAGUAAUCGUAUCACUGCUCAGUGUGAGUGGUAGCUCAGGGGGAAAGGUACUGAACUAGUGAUCGUAAGGUCGCUGGUUCAAGCCUCACCUUCAUUGCUUGAACUGUAUUGGUUAUGAUUGUUAGUCACUUUGGAUGUAGACAUCUGCUAAAUACCAUAAAUGUAAAAAAAAAAUAAGUAUUGAACUAAACAAAACUUCUGAACUUGCUGAACUGAAACAAUAAUAUUUAUUUAUAGAUGGACGGACGGACGGACAGAUAGACAUUUGUACGAUUCAGUGCUUUACUCAAUUCAGAUAUUUUUGUGUUUAGUGUGUUUAUUCAAUUAAUUUUUUUUUCAUAUAUUUUACGUUUAGUGUUUAUUUAAUGUCUAUUGCUGCACCAUGGGUCUGAGAGUAAUCCUCUGUAUGUCCUGUACAUAUUGCAGUAUUCACAAUAAA